CUGCUCUUAUAUUACAAACUACCAAAUAUAGCAGAAAACUAUCAGAUUAAUUUUAAGAGUUUUGUUCCCUGCUUUAAUCAUUCAUCAAUCCAUAAUCAAACAUCACAAUAUCUCCAACUCAGACAUUACAAUGCAAAAUUGUCCUUGCAAAAUUUAGAGAGUAAAAAUAACUUAGACUGAAGCUGUGUUUGUAUUUCUCUAAACAUUGCUGGGAUCACUGAUUUUUUUUAUUUUUUUUUAUUUUUGUCUAUGUAUCCUUAAAAGGAAAGAUCACUCAAUUCAAGACAUCUAUGCUACUUCUGUACCCCCCAAACAGUCCUGUCAUUAUUUUUGAGCAUAAUUCCUUCCCAGAGCGUGAAACCAGAGGGUCAGGAUAUCACUCUGUGAUCACUUAGUGACGUCUGUGUUGCUUCAUUGAGAAGGAAGCACAUAUUUUGCGGGCACUUUUAUUGAAAAGAGCUUUCUUUUCUCAUGGCGCUCCAAAUUCUGCAGCUGAAUAUGUCCUCAUCCCCAGAGGUUCAGAUUCAUAUCUGGAAGUUUACUGGGGCGACAUCACAGAGUAAGGAGCAGAACAAAGUUUUGUUUUUAGCCACAGCAGACAUUAAAUAGACCUAAAUGCAGUGACAUAACCCUUUAAACUAGUGGCUUAUUACUUUGAGCUGAAUGUUUGAAUCAGAUGUGGAAUCUCUUCUUUAGCACGUGCAGUUUGUCUAAAUCCCACACACCAGCCUUAUAUAUAAACUAAGGGAUGGCCUAUGUACAUCCUCAGCCAGUUUUGCACUUCGUUUCAAACAGCAUCGCUUUAGAAAUCUCAUGAUUUAUUACCCCACCUGUCACACUGUUUGGCUUCAGAUUAGACCCUGGCCCAUCAGCCACAGCCCUGUUUUUUUAGGUCCUCUCACUCAUAUCUUAGCAAAAUAUCAAAAUAUGCCAGUGGAGGUUUAGACAGUGAUAACUAAUAAUACCUUUCAGUGUAGAGGCCAAGGGCAGAGAGGGAUACUGUUCAUACAAACCAAAGCCAGCAGUCCAUUAGAGCAGAAUGCUAACAGUCAGCCAGACUCUGGGAAGCCUCAGAACAUUGUCAAGGUCCUUGUGGAGACCAGGGGCCAACCAACCAAUAGCAGAAACUCCUAAAUCCCCCUUACUGAUUGGCUGGGAUCGAGCCACUGCUGCACUGACAAUAGGUGUGUCCAUCUCAGAGGUGAAAAUAGUUCAAAGAAAACAAAGAAAACCAUAAAUGCAUUUUCACUUAACAUGAAGACGUAUGUUUGGAGCCUUGGCAGAGGCUAAUCGCUCACAAGGCCAGUGGCAGGGCGGCCUGGUGUGUGUCAGUGCCUCCCUGGUUUAUUAUGACAAAGUCUCCGUAAUGUGAACAUUCAUUGAACACCCUGCAGCCACAGAGGCCAAGUUAACAUUUUUCUUCUCUGUAUCUUUGCACAGUUAACAUUUACAUUCUAUAUCCUUGUUUGCCUGUUUGUUUAAUUAAUCUAAGGCAGUCUAUGUCUUACCAUGCCAACAAAACAUCUUCAUUUGCGCGGAAGGGGAAGAAGUGGGUCCACAUCCUGUAGUUCUGGUACAGGGAUCAAGCCGCCUGGAAGAGCGAGCGAAGACGGAGGAGUAAAAGAGUGAUCAAUCACCCAAUUUGAGGAGCUUUAACAUGGGAUGAGCUCCAGACAUCGGUGUCACCGAGUUACCGGCUCUCUGGUUUUGGUUUGACGCAAAGGCAUAUAAAAAAGCUAGCUGUACCCCAGUGUGUCCUGACUGUGAGCCCUAGUACAUCCUGACCACCCAGCUCUGACCUCUGACCCUGGAGGGGGGGCAGCAGGGAGGAAAUGCGGUGCCCCACCCUUCUGGCCCUGCUGUCAGGGGUUGUGCUGUAUCUGGUGAUGGGUGCGCUUGUUUUCCGCACCCUGGAGGCCCCUCAGGAGAGCAGGGCAUACACCCUGCUGCUUGAAACCAAGAAUGACUUCCUCAAGAACCACAACUGUGUCAGCGAGCAGGGCUUCCAUGAGCUUAUUAAGGUCAUGGUGACUGCAGUGGAGAGAGGCCUGGAUGUAAGCAAUGGCUCUACUAACUUCACCAGUCGCUGGGAUCUGGUCUCUGCCUUCUUCUUCUGUGGCACCAUCAUCACCACCAUUGGUUUUGGGAACCUGUCCCCUCGAACAUGGUUCGGCCAGCUGUUCUGUGUGUGUUAUGCAUUGGUGGGCAUCCCCAUGUUUGGCAUACUGCUCGCCGGCGUUGGCGACCACAUGGGCACGAUACUGCGGAGAGCCGUGGCCAAAAUUGAGACCCUCUUCCUGCAGUACAAUCAUUAUCAAUCAUUCUGGCUUUUUUCUACUAUCUUACUCUCUCAGAAACGCAAGGUCAGCCCCACCAGUGUGCGUGUGAUCUCGGCGGUUCUCUCCAUCCUGAUUGGCUGCCUGAUCUUCCUCGCUGUACCGACUGUGGUCUUUCAGGAGGUGGAGGAAUGGUCUUUUCUUGAGGCUCUCUACUUUGUGGUCAUCACUCUCACCACUGUUGGCUUCGGAGACUAUGUACCAGGUGUUGGGCGUGAGGGUGACGUGCUCUUCAAGCCACUGGUGUGGUUAUGGAUAGUGUUUGGCCUUGCCUACUUUGCCUCCAUCCUCACCAUGAUAAGCAACUGGCUGAGGGUGCUGUCAAAGAGGACCCGCGCUGAGAUGGAGGAGCUGAGAGCCCAUGCUACAGACUGGACUCAGAACAUCCAGAACAUGUCUAUGGACUUCCGCAUCCCCAACCCUCUGGAGUUCAACGACCCCUUCCUCCUGCAGCGCCGGCGCUGGAAACGCAGCGAGCGCCGUCGUGUCCGACGCGGAGCCCAGGGCACCCUGGGAUACUGGGUCCGUGGGGGAUCUGAGAAUGGACACCUGCCAAACCGCUGGGCCGGUCUUUCCAGCUCCAUGAGUCAGCUGAACGCCCGUUUGUCUCUUGAGAGGGCAGUGGUGCCUGAGCCCCGGCCGAGGGUCAGGGGUUCAGCAGUUGCAACUGUACCGAUAAUGGGUCCAGGAUUGAGAGUUGACCCCAGGUUGAUGAUGCAAGGUGAGGGCAGGUCGUUUUCCUGUUCCCUGGGCCGCUCGUUUUCCCUCCCAGCGGCCUGCUCUGCCUUGGAGCUGGACUCACCAGACCCAGCCAUGCAGGGAGCUUCCCUCUCUGUGUCCGAGUCUUCAUUUGACUCCAGAUCAGACGCCUCGUCCUCCUCCUCUUCCUUUCUGGGGCUCCCCAGUUUUCGACCAUGCCAGACAGUCAGUGCCAUGGAGGAGGGAGGACCAAGAGCCACAGACACACACACAGACACACAGAAACCGGAAGAGAGGAGUGUGUUCAUGGAAGGUGAUAGUCGCGGACACACACCUUCACCUGUCUUUCUUCCGCUCUCCCCCUCCUCCUCCUCCUCCUCCUCCUCCUCCUCCUCCUCCUCCUCCUCCUCCUCUCCUCCUCCUCUUCCUGACCUGCCACCCCCAGAUUCCUCCCCUGUCCUGCCCUCCUCGUCAGGCUGCCAGCUCUUGGAUUUCUUUGGGGAGAACCUGGCAUACAUUGACGAGUCCUCGGACACUCUGAGCGAUCGCUUCCAGCCGGCAGCAAGUGAGGAGAAGAGGAGACGGCCGCGCAAGCCCAAGAGGAGGAGCAUAAGGAGGCAGCUGCCACAUGGGUUAAGCCCCCUGCAGACAAGGAAGAGGCUCAGUAGCGACAUGCAGCCACCGUCAAAUCCUCCCACACCACCACCUCCACACUCCCCUCUUUGAGACCAAGAGAAAUGCAUCAACCCUCCCCAGACUGGUACACCUCCUGCUGUCCAACAACCAUUGCACUUUCAGCCACGGUGAAUCUUUUCUUGCAGAGAUGUGCAACAUGUAGCCAAGGACAAGAAGUGACAGAGGGAAGUUAAUAGUCACAUUGAGACUUCACACUCAGUCUACAGGUCUAAGACCGACUUUACACUCCUAAGUUGUAUCACACCCACAUCCCAGCCACUCGUGUGGUAUCACAGAAUGUUGUGUUGUUAUUCAAGAGUAUUUUAAGUCUGCUCCAUUAGCAACUUUUAAUUGUGCUAUUUCUGGUGACUAAUUAAGUAUUUGUAAAUACAGGGGGUAGAUAAAACAGAAGAAACACCUAAGGACAUAUGAAAACCAGGAGCAGGGGCUCCUUUUGCCCUCAAAACAGCUUCAACCCUCUCGGUAAUGCUUGAAUUAUUUAAGGGUAACAAAGGAUGAAAGGAACGAUUUAUCGGAUCAUAUUAAUGUUCAUUGUUCAAGUCAUGUUUGUGUGCUUUGGCCUUAGAUACAAGUGGUUUAUGAAUCGCAGGCCUGCUAAUAAUACCAGCUUUAUGAAGUUGGUAUUUUGUUGUGAUGUUCACAGAGCUGUUAGGGUCAAAUCAGUGGUUAUCAUUUCUGGUGUUUUGUGACUGUUAAUUGUCCCUCAGUUGCUGUUGGUGAGUUUGUUUGUGUCCUCAGUUCCACCUUGCAGUUUCUCUAUGUCAGCCUUGUGUUUUUAGGAUUUCUUAGACUUUUCCCCCCACAUUAAAUAUCUGUGCAGGUUUUGAAACUGGUGCACCGACAGUUCAAGCACUGACUAUCUCUUCAACUCCCUUAGUUGCCUUUAUAUUGCUUUAAAAACUCAUAAAAAUGGAGAGUGUCAGACUUCUUUUAAAGUCACAGUGACAUAGCUUUCUUAAGUUGAUGCAUAUCCUGUUGAACUAGGGUGUCGGGGUGGAACAUAAUGGAGUCGGUGCUGCCCCCCCUUCAUCAUUCAAAGGUGUAAACCAAAGAGAUCAGUCAAGGAGAAAAAGGCAGUUUUAUGUGAUAAGAGGGUCAGAGGGUCUAAACUAUUCAAAAGUCUGAGAUGAGGAAUUUUUAUUCAUGCCUACUGGGCCACAAUGUUUUCCAGCAAGAAAAACUUGUGGGAUUUUGAUUUAAAAAUACAAGAACAUAAACAAUUAGUAUUUUUUGACAUUUACAUUUAGGGGUAUUAUGACAAGGGCAAUCAGCGAACAAGGUGAAAAAGCCAUUUUCCAUUUCAUUAUAACUUUAAAGCUGACACAUAAUGUUAAUUAACAUUCAACCUAACAUGACUCUCCUUGUGAUUCAGCUACUUCAAAGUCAGUGUUCUUUUUUUCAUGUGGUAUUUCUGUUGUCUUGCCCACUGCCAGAUUUAGCAGGCAGCUAAAACCGUGCCUGUUGCUCCUGAACCCCCCAUCUGGUUCAUUCCGGGGGGUGUAAAGUGGCCUGAACCUCCCCUAAGCGCCGACAACGUCCUGCCUGAACCCGGCUAAAGGCGGAUGUGGGAGUAAAUAGUGAGCUCUCGGUUACUGGAACUCACAACUUCAGAACUGCGAUGUAAGAUGUUAUUAUGGCUUUAUGCCCUAUAACAGGGCCAAAAUAAGUAAAUGACUAAAUCCACACUCAGAGUCAGACUCCAUGAUAUGCUGAUCGCUGACAGAGGUCUGGAAAGAGAGGAUGUUCACACGACACUCUGCUGGUCUGUGGACCGGGGCCUGAAUGAUUAUGAGUCCGGGUUCAUGACCUGAUUUUUUUUUUUUUUUUGCUAGCAUUUAUUUUGCCUUUCUGUGAUCACGAGUGACCCUGGACUCUCUGAAAUCCGGACAAAAAUGUGGCCUUGACCACAUAAAGCCUUUCUUUGUUUUAUACGAUGCUCAUCGUCACUGUAACAAGUUUGACUUGGUACACAAAGACAGAUCUGUCACUGCAUGCCAUUGCCUCUUUGGCCUUGUACUGGUUAUAUUGCCAGCCAAACAGUGGUAGAAAUGUCGCCCUCAUCUGUUUAAAAAGGGUACUGCCAGACCCUCGUGGGUUUGGCCUCCCAGCUAUUUUGUCCCAGUAGGGCCUCAAGUACAGCUAUGGUGUCCAAGUCUGACUGAGAAGAAUAUGGCUUCAAUAAUGCUGAGGCCACAGAUCGGUAUCCUCUGUUUACUCCUGUGUCUCAUUACUGCUCUGCUGCUUGUAUAACUUUUUAUUUUGUGUUUAUGGUGUCCUGUUGCCACGAGAGCUGUAUUUUAACUUAAGUGCCUGAAAAACAAGGAACAGUUUCAAUCUGGUCACGUGUGUCCAAUGUGAGAAUAAAGUCCAAACCUGUAAUGUGAGGUAUAUUUGAUGUAAACCAUGAUGUGUGUGUGUGUGUGUGUGUGUGUGUGUGUGUGUGUGUGUGUGUGUGAGUGUGUGAGUCAGAG